AUGGUGAGUAGGAGGGCAGGACACCAUUGUAGUAGGAGUAAGGGGACCGCGUUGGCUGCAGCCGCGACCAUGCCACUCACGGAGCUGCAGAAGAGCCGCUUCUCCCUCCAGUUCCUCAUGUUCGACAAGGACUCCAACGGCUGCAUCAGCACGGAGCAGCUGGGCCCGCUGCUGCGCUGCUGGGGCUUCUGCCCCACGGAGACGGAAGUGGAGGCGGCGGUGCGGCUGCUCGACCCUGACGGAACAGGCAUCAUUGACAAGACGCAGGCCUUCGGUGCGGCCGAGUCGAUGCUGGAGCUGAUGACAACGGAGAUGGAGGUGCGAGAGGCACUGCGGGUGCUGGACGUGGACGGUGACGGCUUCCUCACCACGGCGGAGCUGCGCCACAUUCUUCUGAACCUGGGCGUCAAGAUGACGACGGAGGAGGCCGAUGAGAUCAUUGCGGACGCGUACGUUGACGAGGAGCACCACGUCAACACGGACGACUUCGCGCGACUGCUUUUUUCGGACAUGUACGAGGGAAAGAUAGACUUGACGGAGUGA